CGUUUAUUGUGUAAACAAGGAUCGGAAGGAGCGUGGAUCGAUCGUGUGCCAGGGGUUCCGUUCGCUAGGUACGUACCUGAUGUGGUCUCACGGGCGAGGGCCUUUCAACUCGAUCCGUAUAUUCACUACAGUCUCUCGUAAGGUGUGGUUCUCAGCGUUCUGGUCAGAACUAUGCUCGUCCGGAAUCAACAAGUGCUUCUCGAGACUACGUCGGGAAAACACUUGACCUAACCGAACUUAGUGAACACCUUUUUCUUCUUCACGACCUCGUGUGCAAAAGAGAAUUCGUAGAGGGCGCGCAUAGGUGGCAGAAAGAGUCGCAAGGACCGUGUAUACAGAUCCGUGCGAGUUCACGAUCUUGAGUACAAGUAUUGUGACAUCGGUUCGACUCGAUCGUACAGGUUAACCUUUCGGCGUCGGGAUUCGAUUACUCGAUCGCGAGACCGGAAUCACUAACGUUGUGUUUAUUUCGUGGUGAUCGAUGAUUCGAUGAAUCAUUGAUUUUUCUAUACUGAGAUGCGACUGUGACGCGCGUGUUUUCUUGUCAGGAUCAGCAAGAAUUCUAUGUAUACACCGGAGUUCCGCUACACGUGACUUCACGGCUUGCCGACCGCGUGCUUAUUACGUUGUAAAUAUAAUUCAAUAGGUAGUACAAGAUAGAAGUUUACGAGGGAAAAAUCACCAAAUAUGAAGCACUUAACGAAAGGGACGUUUGUAAUCUUUCUGAGCGUUCUUUCGAUGAGAACGCAGGGUCUGCCGAACGGGGCACCGCCGAGUUCGUGCGAAGAUCUGAUGCCUCGUCAUCCUGGAAGCACGAACCAGGAAACUUAUCCUCCUCCUUACCAAGUUUUACCAGCUGCGGGACAAGGUAGAGUCCGCUUAAUUCUAGGAAGUCCUCACGGUCUUGCCUACGAGGGUUUCAUGAUACUUGCACGUGACUCUGAGACCGGUGAAUUCGUCGGAGAGUUUGCGAACUUGCCCGAUUCGGCAAGAAUCGUCGAGUGCACACAAGGCGUAAAGAACGCGGUGACUCACACGAACACCAGCAAGAAGCACAAUCUCGAGUUCGAUUGGGAAGCACCUGUGGAUUACGAGGGCACCAUUGUUUUCAAGUCCACGUUCGCUCAGGACUACAGUACGUACUGGGUCGGCGUAGAAUCGCCGCAAGUUAACGUUCGCAAGCGUUCCAUCGACGUAUUGACCUCGUCUACUCCGAUCACUACGCCGAGAACAACCACGCCGCCCUAUUACAGUCCGACCGUCGAUUACGAGCCAAAAGAUGCCGAGGAUCCCUUCUACAAUGGAUGCGGUUCGACGAAGAAUUGCUUUGGUAGCCCAGCAGGAUGCGUGGAGGCCAAAAAUUGUAUCGCUGCGGUCACUGUACUCGUUCGUGGAGAACGGUAUUUGUUCGAAUUACAAGCACGUGACAGCAAAUACGUGGCUGUGGGCUUAUCUGAUGACAGUAAAAUGGGCGAUGACAGUGUAGUCGAGUGCACAAAUGAAGGAGGAGAAAUUGGAUUACACAUGUCUUGGAACUCUGGAAAGCAUAAUAUGCGCCAGCCCAUGCAGGAAGGAGCCGUUCAGUUGGAGACAGGUUCGAUCAAAGAUGACGUAAUAACGUGCAAAUUUUGGAGAGAGAAAACCACUGUCGUUCAAGGCCGCGAGUAUGACCUCGUCAAUACACCAUACAACCUUCUCGUAGCCGCUGGCAAGAGCUUAAGAAAUAAUAACAUUGGAUUCCACGACACGGUAUACGAUGCGACUGGUGGUUCAAAGUUAUUAUCCGACGUUGGUGGUUACACUACGGCAAGCAAUAUCUUAAUUCGUGUCCACGGCGCUCUGAUGUUGGCAUCUUGGAUUGGAACCGCGUCGAUCGGCAUUCUUCUGGCUAGGUACUACAGGCAGACGUGGGUCAGCUCGCAGUUGUGCGGAAAGGACCAUUGGUUCGCAUGGCAUAGAUUCUUCAUGAUACUGACAUGGUCGAUGACGAUAGCGGCAUUUGUAAUAAUAUUCGCCGAGUUGGCUGAAUGGAGUUCCGAAGUGAUACAUGCAUCUUUGGGAUUGGCCACCACGAUCUUAGCAUUUAUUCAACCAUUUAUGGCAGCCGUGAGACCCCAUCCAGGAGCACCUCGAAGACCUCUUUUCAAUUGGGCACAUUGGUUCGUUGGAAAUGCAGCACAGAUUUGUGGCAUAAUCGCAAUUUUCUUCGCGGUCCGACUGAAUAAGGCCAAACUCCCGGAAUGGGUCGACUGGAUUCUGGUCGCCUACGUGGUAUUCCAUAUUCUGACUCAUCUCAUCCUGACGUUCGUUGGAUGUGCCUCUGACAGACAGGCAAGUCAGAGGGUGAAUUCAUUUCCAAUGAAAGACAUGCACUCUCGUGGUUCAAUGGUCCAUCCGGAUGCAAGACAGGAUGCUCCUCAUGCUGGGAUCAGGAAAUUUAUCUUUGGCAUAUAUUUCGUCGUGAUCGUCCUAUUCACUGUGGCUUUGAUUGUAAUCACUGUAUUGGCGCCUAUAGAGGACACAUGGGUUACCUUCACAAACACUAUUAAAAGUUAUUAAGUUGCCACUUAACGGCAACCUAAACGAGAGAUUUGCAUCAUCUGAUCACGCGUGGUGCACGUUGUUGUGUCAGAGAUAUCAUUGCGAUAAGUUUCGAACUACUUUGCGUACAAUAUAUUCUCAAGUGACUGUUUAUAUGUAAAUGAGUACUGAAUCGAGAUAAAUUAUCGUUUACA